AUGAGUGAAAAUAAAAUAUUACGGAAUCCUGUAUUGAAAGAAGCAAAUGAAAUAGAACUUAACGAAGAAUGGAGUAACUUUAUGAAAAGAAUUGGUGAAGUUUCUAACAUAAUAAAAGAUCUUGCGAGUGGUGACAAGGAAAGAGCUGAUGCGGCCACAGUGUUAGCGGAUCAGUAUUUGGAAGGAAAAGUUAUAACGGAUGAUAAGAUAGUAAUGAAACUCAAAGACGAUAGAACUAUUAUAAAUAAAAACGCGUUUGAAAGCCUUCAAAAAAACGAUACUGGUGAAAUAUGUAAAGAUGCCUGGAUGGCAGAAAUGAGCAAAGACGCGGAAAAACGCGCCGAGGAUCGAAAGAUACGACGUGAAAAAGCGGACACUUUAAACACGCAGGCCAUUAAGGCUUUCCGGCGAGGCGAGUACGAUAAAGCAUUGUCUUGUUACAAUCGAGCUCUGGAACACGUCAAAGACAAUCCUAUGUUAUACUGCGAUCGUGCACUCACAAAUAUUAAGCUGGGAAACUAUCAAAAGGUCUUCAAAGACUGCGAUUGGGCACUGCGUAUCAAUGAGAAGAGCUUUAAAGCACGAUUAUAUAAAGCCAAAGCUUACAAAGAACUAGAAGAGACUGAUGAGUUUGAAAAAUGUAAACGUGAAAUAGAGGAAAUGUUUCCACAACAUCAUGACCUUAUUAAGUAUUUUCUUGAAAAGGAGGAAAACAUCGAAGGAGAUAACCAAUAA